GGUUUGCUCCACUCACUUGCGAGUGUAGCACCAGCUGAUGCAAACCAGGGGCAGAUCCCAGCUAGUUCAGAGCAUUUUGUCAAGGAUUUACCAAACUCGCUAUCAGAAGCAUCGAACCAAGUUCAACCGGAGAGUCAUCUUGCUACUUCUCAGUCAAGAAACAUUUUGGGUGAAACACAUAUGCUUAAGCAAGUGAAUGGUACGUCUUUAUCACCGUCUGCAUACAUUGGUACUCCAAAACCCUGUGCGAUCUUGCCACGGUAUCUUGCUGAUCUAGUGAAACAAGCAAGUGUACGUUCGUGCAAAUUUACGGGCAGUUCUGGUGAUAGCGGUGUCUCUUCAACAUCGACAUCAUCAAGUCUCAAUUAUCACGAAACCUUGGCCUUACGGGUUCGGCAGCGUGCGCCGGCAAUGGGUUGCGGCUCCCCCACUCCACCGCGUUCUGCUUCACUUUUGGAGAAGUAUACUCGGGAACAUUAG